AUGACGACCAACAUUACCCAUAUCUUGAUGUACCCAACCAUCUUCAAGGACCGAGAGGGAACUAAUGGAAAUGGGAACACAGCUUCUUGUGGGGAGAAGGGAUGUAUGAAGGAGGUGCUUGAAGCUCUUGAAAGUGCUGACGGGUGGAUUAGAGCGUACAAUGGGAAGCAAGUAAUGGACGACAAGUUCGGGUGCUGGGUGUUCGAUUGGCAAAGCACAUCGCACCGCGAGGCAUUCCUAACUAAAGAAGCGCACGCACCUCUCCUCUCUUUACUUCGCAAACCAACGGAGUCUUCCAACUCUGAGCUCGGUGUCAACGACGCUGGGAAGGGGAAGUCGAGCUGUGUACGUUCCGUUCAAGUCGGAUUGGACCCGCCUCAUGCGCCGUUGGCUUUCGGAGCACCCGUUACGGAAAUCGCUGUUAGCACGUUACGAGAUAGCAUCAAUAUGGAUGCAUACGAGGCGUUGAUGAGACGCGUCGUAGAUGUCAUUGGACAAAUGGAAGGAGUGCAAGGUGUUGGGUGGGGAAAGGUUAUCAGUGACGCCAAUGAUAAUUGUAACGAUGAUACGGGGAAGGUGCAAUACGUCCUUGUAGUUGGUUGGGGAUCCGCUGAGGCUCGUGCUACUGCUGCCACAAAGCCGGACGUGUUAGAGCUGUACAAGGAGUCUGGUGGAUUCGCUGAAUAUGAAACCAGGGUGUUCCAGUUGGAGAAACAUGAGACCGAGGCAGCUGCGUUUUCACUGCAUAUUGAUUUGCAGCCGAUUAAAAUUCCCGCUCAUCAAUACCGCUCUCUCAACUGUGUUGAGAACGACGAGAUGAGCCUUCUGCUGAAUGGUCUUCUGGCCUUUACCACAGUCGAGCUGCAUCGUGUUGUUCUGGAACCACGUUUUGUACCCGGUGCCAGUUUCGUUAUCGAUGGACAUGCAUCAUUUGAAUACCGAAUGAAAUGGGAGUGA